AUGACUUUGACGUGCGGCCUUUCUUUACGAGGCGCAGUUGGAAUUGUGAUCGGUAGUGUCAGUGGAGCGAGGCGCAAUGGUGGAGGCCGCAGCAAUAUUGGACGUGGCAAUGGUGGCGAUGGUGGCGAUGGUGGCGAUGGGGGCAAUGGUUACAAUGGAGGAGGAGGAAACGGCGGAAAUCGAGGGGCUCGUGGUGGUCUCCGCGGAUAA